AUGAAUAGAUCGAUUGCCACCGGUUCAGCUGCGAGCACAGUCCUUCGUAGAAUCUUAGGGACUGUACAACACCAAGUUUUUACGAGGAUUUACUGCUUCCCAGGCUCUAGUAACCAGGAACGAACUAGCAUCAUCAUCGACAGCAUGACAUCAGUGUUCAACACCGAUGCUUCGCUGCCGUACGACCAUGAUUUUUUUGAAAGCGUUAUUGUAGAGAAUAAAUUUCUCCAACCAGGCACAGUGAGGAUCACGCGGUCAUCAUCCUGGAAGGCAAGUAGCACCGACAGCACCCAAGCGUUUCAUGAUCACCUUCAUACUCCUCUACCAGGUCAAGGGCUUGCCACCUCUCUGUUUACGCCACUCUCAACUGGACAUGGAGAACAGCACUCUCUUCAGCAAACGAUGGUACGGCAUACGCAACACCUUCUGGUGCUGGAUACAUUCUCCAAUGGAAGUACCCGUUGCACAACCGAAAACGCUCUUUCUAGCUGCUUCGUUACGGAUUCUACUCACAUUCCACUCAUUCCAACUCACACGAGCUAUGGUUCUGAGACAACGAUUGUCGAACACCUGAAGACGUCUCAGUUCCGCUGCUCGAAUAGGCCAAGUCUCACACCUACAACAAAACAGCCCCUACUGUGCCUCAAAUUAGCAAACGCGACUCGAACCUUGCAGAUUCGUGCAUUCACCUCAUCCGUCACACUGCAAUCAGAACUAAUACAACUUCCAAGGUACGUAAAACGCUCCACAACUUCCAGUACCUCUCCCUGGAUUGUAAAUGGUGUGUUCAGUGACUGCACGUCAACGAGCAUGACCUUACACUUUGUAGGCGCAAAGUGCAUACCAAAGGACGGGAUGACUCUGGUAACUUCAUCCAAGAGUACUCAGUACUCUCAGUACUCCUCAGUAGCUCGGGUGUGUUUACUGGUGGUUGAUCAGAUGGCAGUUUAUCUUUUCGCCGAGCUUGGCAAUUGGCUUGCAAACGUCUCGUCCCCAGUCGAGGAGACAUCGUCAGACCGAUCGUCACAACCAGCCAGAUUCAAGGAAUCCUAUUUGUACGCAUUU